AUCACGUGAGAGCUGUUGGGAUAUGGCUAAUUUCUACUUCGAGUCGUCUAUUCGUGAUUCCGUAGAGGACCAUUACCAUGUCAGAGAACAAAUAGGGCGGGGAGGGACGUCGAUCGUUCGCAGGUGUUUUCACAAGAAAACCAGGCUAUCGUACGCUUUGAAGACAGUACAAAAAAGAUCUAAGGUACCGCAGAAAGUUCUCUCUUCCGAGGUACAUGCUCUUCUCACUGUCGAUCAUCCAAACGUGAUUAAACUCAAAGAAAUAUAUGAGUCUGAAAAUGAAGUGCACUUGGUGUUGGAGCUGGUUACAGGAGGAGAGCUAUUUGAUAGAAUUAUUGAGAGUGGCUUCUUCAGUGAGAAAGUUGCCGCUAAUGUUGUCAAGCAACUUUUGGAAGCUUUAGCAUAUAUCCAUGCUCGAAACAUUAUGCACAGAGACAUAAAGCCUGAAAAUCUGCUUUACAAGGAUGAGUCUUCUUUGUCUCCUAUCAAAUUAGCGGACUUUGGACUAUCAAAAGUGAUGUCAUCUGAAGUGACAAUGCAAACUGUGUGUGGUACUCCAGGCUAUGUUGCUCCUGAAGUGCUACUUGGUAAAGACUAUGGACUACCAGUAGACAUUUGGUCUGUUGGGGUGGUUGCCUACAUUAUGCUUUGUGGAUUUGAGCCAUUCUACUCUGAUCGUGGUGAUACCGCUAUUUAUGCUCGGAUUCUGAAAUGUGAUUAUGAAUUUCUUUCUCCAUACUGGGAUGAUGUGAGCUUGAAUGCAAAGGACCUUAUUUCCAAGCUAAUUGUUUUGGAUCCUCGCAAGAGACUAACUGCUAAAGAAGCUCUAAACCAUCCAUGGGUGCAGGGCCGUGCUGCAAAAUCUGAUCAUAUGGCUGAAGCUCUUCGUUAUUUGAAAGAGUACACAAUGGCAAGACGGAAGCUGAAGGGUGGCAUAUAUGCUGUGAUGGCCUGUGAUCACUUUGUCCAAGCUGCUGGUACUGAAGGCAAACGACUGAGUUGCAGCAGCGUUUAAAUCAUUACACAGGUACAUGUACAGCUAGUGUAAGUAGCCUACUAAUGCUGUGUUAGGAUCAACUUCUGUUUAUGAUCAUCUCCUUUUACCUUAGUAGAAAAUGUGUAGACUAUAAUUGCUAUCAAUUUGCUGCUCACGUUUAGUACUUUAACAUUCAAACUUUACAUGAACAGUGGCUCUUCCAGGGAUAUAUAUAAUAAUGAUUUGGUUACUUCCUGUUU